AUGGCAUCGGCCUUUGCGAGGGUGGCCAGGAGUGUGGUCCAGGAGCUGGACCACGGUGGGGAGCUUACCCCUGUGGACAGCCUGCAGAGCUCCACCAGCUUCCAGCUCUACUGCCUUUUGGGCAGGAAGUCCUCGAGUUCACGGUUCUGGAAACACCGCUACACACGUGUCAACCUGUCCAUCAGGGACAUCCUGGAGCCCGACGCCCCGGAGCCAGCGGUGGAGUGUGGCAGCACCUUCCAUUUCCACGAUGCUAUGGAUGGGCAGCUGCAGGGCAGCGUGGAGCUGGCGGCCCCGGGACAGGGGAAGUUGUCAGGCGGGGCCGCGGUGUCCGGCAGCUCCAGCGCCUCGAUGAUCGUGUGCAUGCUGCGAGUGGCGCCCAACACCUGGGAAGCCAUGCAUCGAGAGAGGCGCUUGCGGCAGCCUGAGCACAAAGUCCUGCAACAGCUGCGGAAUCGUGGGGAUGACGUGUUCGUCGUGACCGAGGUGCUGCAGACACAGCAGGAGGUGGAAGUCACCCGGACCCAAAAGCAGGAGGGCUCCGGCCAGUUUGCACUUCCGGGAGCCAUGUGCUUGCAGGGCAGAGGCGAGGGCCACCUGAGCCAGAAGAAGAUGGUCACCAUCCCGUCGGGCAGCAUCCUCGCAUUUCGGGUGGCCCAGCUGGUUAUUGACUCUGACUGGGACAUCCUCUUUUUCCCGGACAAGAAGCAGACGACCUUCAGGCCACAGCAGAAAGGCUACAGGCCCUCCUACAUCGCAGGUGGCCAGCCGCAGAGGUCCUCCUGCCUCGCCUCCAUGAGAUUCUUCUCUGUCCACUUCAAGUUCCUGUCGGAUGGGCCCGUGGAGGACCGGUUGGCGAUCACCGAAGACUUCCAGGGCCUGCAGGCAGAAGUGGAGGCCUGGGCCGUGGGCCUGGAGGGCUUGUCCAGGGAGCCUUGUGGGCAGCUGCUAGGGGCCCUCGGGCAGGUGCUGCGGGACGAGGCCGCCCUGCAAGCCCUGGAUGAGUCGCUGGAGCACGGCCUGCGGGGCGGGCUUUUGGAGCCUCGGGAUGGUCCGGUGGGUGCUGUCCUCGAGUGCCUGGUGCCCUCCUCCAGAAGGCUGGAGGAGAAACUUGCCGGCCCCGUUUUCUACCUGCUGCAAGCUCUAGCUGUGCUGAGUGCAACCCAGCACGUGCUGCUGGCUGAGGUGCUGGAGAUGGGGGCCCUGUCAGGGGCGUUCAAACUGGUGGAGAGCCUUUUGGAGCAGAGCACCCCAUGGCAGGAGCGCAGGGCCGUGUCCCUGCCGCCCGAGCUCCUGGGGAGCAGCUGGGGCUCAGAGGCACCCACCUGGGUCCUGCUGGAGGAGUGUGGCCUUGAGCCACAGGUGGGCGCCCCCCAGGUGUGCUGGAAACCGGAGGCCCAGGGCUGUGCGUGUGCGCUUUACGCCUGCCUGGCACUGCUAUUCAGGCUGAGCCGGCUCUGCUAG